AUGAACCCUCUUCGUUCAAGUUGGAAGAAGAAAGAGUCGAAGACGUCCCUAUCAUCCCUUACCAAUAAUAAUAACCACAAGAGAAUGGGAGUCAUCCAGAGCCUCGUCCGAUACAUUCGGUUCCUGCCAACUGCUAUGCAUAGUACCUACACCAAAGUCUCUACAACAUUCCACGACGAAGAAACCACAGAUGAUCCUCCCACCACCAUUUUUGUCCCGGCACACAAAAUGGCCAAGCUGUUACCACCGGUCAUUCGAGCCAGUAAUAUCAGUCAAGGGUACUUCUACGACAAGAUUAUGGGUAGAAAGAGGAGUCGCCGUGGUUCCAAAAAGAAUAAGCAAGUGACCCUCACGAAUAAUAAUAAUAAUGGUCACAGCAGCAGUGAUGGCGUGUGGCAAGAAGCGUCCCACGUGGGUGGAAUGGUCGCUCGUUGGGCGGCCUUUGUGUUGGUCAUGAUGCUGGGCAUGUCCUUGACCAACGUUGCUGAUAUUCAAAUUGUCGUCCACUACUGA